GUUCAUUCACCAAAAGCAAAAUGUCGGGCGCAGCACCUACCGACACCAUUUCUCCACCCGAUGAGGAACUCAUAAUUACGACAAAAGAGCUGCGCGCAGCUCACCCAGACAAGGGCAUCCUCAAACUCCUCGCCCAGCUCAAACUUGAUCGUCCCGAAUGGUCCGUCUCGGAAAAGCGAUUCAGAAAAGCCCAUUCUGCCACUUCAGACGGCGAGGGAAGCACUCCGGGUGCAUCUCAAAGCGCUGGGACGGGAGACAAGGGGGAGAAGCCACUGAUUGCUGAUACGGGUUUGGACCCUUCAGUCGAUGUGGCUAGCUUGGCGCCCAAAGUGGAGGUGAAAAUGUUCAAGGGUGGGAAGGGAAAGGGUUUGGUGGCCAAGGAUGGACUGGAGAUGGGAGAGAUGCUUUGGCAGGAGGAGCCUUGGAUCGUGACUUCUGACCCAGGUCACUAUCCACUCCUGACGCAAUCCAUGAUGUGCACACAGUGCUUCUCCAUCUUUGAUCGUCCAAACCCAGCCUUAUCCGUCCCAUGUUCGCGAUGCCCUACAGCACACUUCUGUACCAGGCUCUGCUACUCUAAAGCCCAACUCGCUUCGCACCCUCAACUUCUCUGCCCGGGCGAGAAUCCUGGGGCCGAAAAGUUGAUGAAGUUUGUCAGACAAAAAGGGGAAAGAGGCAUGGAAGGUGUCGUCAAGAUCGUGGCCAGGUGGAGGACUGAGAGAGAGUGGAGUAAAGGAAGCGAGGCCGAGGAUCUGGAGAAGAGGGUUUGGAAGGGUAUGGCGCGAAUCAGCCAGAAGAGGAAGGAGGCAGAGAGGCGGGAGUGGGAGUAUGUGGCGGAGAACCGAAUGAAGGAGUGGCGCGAGUUCCAUACGUUGCUUAUCGGUGCUCUGAACCCUCCCCAAGGCCACUACAACCACAGGAACUUUCAGAAGCUCGUCAAGACGCGCCGGAAUAAUCCAAAACCCUUGACAGAGAAGGAGGAACAAAAGUGGUUCUCUUUCGGAAGCUUUUUGGAGCUGCUGGGCCUUGUUGGGUUGAACCAGGAAGACUCGGGUGGUCUGUAUGCUCUGCAUGCGCACUUGAACCACUCUUGUACACCAAACGUCCAGGUUCGUAACCUGCCAAAGUCUUAUGCGCCCCCAUUGCCAUCAUCUCUCCCCUGUGAUCUUCCACCGCCACUUCAGAAAGGUGAUAGCUUCUCCAACAAGCUCACCAUCCUCGCCCGUCAAAAGAUAGAUCAGGGCGAAGAGUUGACCGUGUCGUAUGUCAAUGUGAAGAUGCCGAGGGAUGAAAGACGGAAGAUCCUGCGAGAGGGCUACGGUUUCUGGUGUAGCUGUGACAGAUGUGAGAAGGAGAAGGAGGAAGGUGUCAAGCAGGAAUGAAUGGAUCGAGACUUGAGCAUGGUCGACACGAUAUCGAGCCUGUGUUGGGCCCAUCGCUGAGAUAACGCGCUUGAUAUCGCAUAUCACCCAUGUAUAUGUAUCCUCCAACCUUACAUAUCACAUUAGACCGGUUACCCACAGUAGGUCCAACGCUAUCAGACCUGUGUCGCACUCGUUACGUUGAAUGACAGCCAAGAGAUGGCGAAGAGUCGAGUCAUGCAGCCCUUCUAUGUCGGCGUCGUGUCUUGACUGUCUCAUAUGAUCCUGCUUUUGAUCUUGGCGAUGCUCUUCUACGCAGUGGAGUCGCUCCACGACUCAGCCAGGAUGCGAUCUCCAGAGCAGGAAGGAG